ACGGCAGCUUGACUGGUCCCUCACUCGUCUCAUUUUCAGGUGUCCUGGAGAUGACCUGCAGUCACGACAGCCUCCUGACUUCCUGGAUAGCGGAGGAACAAGAUGGUGGGAUAAAAACAAAAUGGCUGAAAUGAACAAUUUAACGUCUUUCUUUUCUGCAGUUCUGCCAAAGAUGCACUCUUGAGAUGCGCUUCAGCCAGAACCCUCAAGUUCUUUACCUUCAUUCUCCUGGACACUAGCAUGUUCUUGCCGCUCACGUCCACGAGAUGGCGCCAAAGAAUUCCUGGAGAACCUGAUCAUGGAUCAACUGGUGAAGUAGUUCUCUAAGAACAGACUUAAUGAAUUUUGUUUGUUGUUCCAGGUGGUGGAAACAUGGCGUCACAAUCAACUUCCUGUCCAACAUGUUGAGGUCAGCUUCCAGUCCAAGUGCCAUCGGGGACUCUGCCACCAAGAUCCUGGACCUGCUGGGCAAAGAGCAGAGUUCCACAUGAAUGUGCAGAAGGUGUCCUGGAGAUGACCUGCAGUCACGACAGCCUCCUGACUUCCUGGAUAGCGGAGGAACAAGAUGGUGGGAUAAAAACAAAAUGGCUGAAAUGAACAAUUUAACAUCUUUCUUUUCUGCAGUUCUGCCAAAGAUGCACUCUUGAGAUGCGCUUCAGCCAGAACCCUCAAGUUCUUUACCUUCAUUCUCCUGGACACUAGCAUGUUCUUGCCGCUCACGUCCACGAGGUGGCGCCAAAGAAUUCCUGGAGAACCUGAUCAUGGAUCAACUGGUGAAGUAGUUCUCUAAGAACAGACUUAAUGAAUUUUGUUUGUUGUUCCAGGUGGUGGAAACAUGGCGUCACAAUCAACUUCCUGUCCAACAUGUUGAGGUCAGCUUCCAGUCCAAGUGCCAUCGGGGACUCUGCCACCAAGAUCCUGGACCUGCUGGGCAAAGAGCAGAGUUCCACAUGAAUGUGCAGAAGAUCUCCUGGAGAAGUCUCACCCCACCAGUCCACUCAGAAGGCCUCAGUCGUUUGAUACAAGACUGUUCUUGUCCCAGUACUAGUUCAAGCAGGUUCCAGUCUCCCUGAGAUGACUUUCCAUCGGUGGCCUCUCUUGAUGCGUUUUGGCUGUAGUCACGACAGCCUCUUGUUUGAAGUCAGUGGGAGCUGAGGAACAAGAUGUUGGACUCAGAGAUACGCUGCAGCCAGGACCCUCAAGUUCUUUACCUUCUUGGUCCUGGAUACUUGCAUGUUCUUCAUGCUCACGUCCACCAGGUGGCGCUGAAGAUCCUUGAUCUCCUGAAGUGGUGGAAACAUGGCGUCAUGGUCAACUUUCUGUCCAACAUGUUGAGUCCAAGUGCCAUCAGGGACUCGGCCAGCAAGAUCCUCUACAUGCAGAAGGUCUCCUGGAGAAGUCUGCACCACCGUAGAGUCUUCAGAAGACGUCUGAUACGAAGACGGUUCCUCUUGUCACGCUCAAACGGCUUCGGCCGAAGGUUGCGGUCAACUGUUAACCACAAAAAAUGCAAAUGGAGACCUUGGGCCCUGGACGGUACGUGCUUUGAAAUGUCUUCAUUCCACAAUUGGGUCUUCUUCGAUCCAGUUUUUUGUUUUUCCACAUUUCUUCCAGAGUUGCAGAGGAACACUUGUCAGCUUCCCGGUCACUCAGCCGUGCGAGUGCUCAAAGGCCCAGAAAACAAGUCGCCCGUCUUUCUCGCUGGUCCGCACACCGGUCCACGCUCUCGUCACACUGGCCGACCACUUCACCAGGCAGCGACGAGGAGACGGUUGCUGAUGUCAUCAGACUUCGACUUGGUUUCCUUUGUGAUUUCAUGUCUGUUGCUUAACAUCUACUCUGCAAAAAAAAUAAAAGUUUAUUACAACACUUAA